GCCAGCUUAUCGACUGACUCGAGCCAGUUGGAAUGCAGCGACGGACAGUUUAGGUGUUUGUGUUUUAUCAAUCUUUCAAAUUUAAUUACUUUGUAAUUCACAAUAUAUCUACAAAUUGAGGUGAGGUUGGAUUCGGCAACAUCUUACUCUUGUGUGACCUGGAGAUGCCUGUAACCGAAUCUGAAGAUGACGAUGUUAGCGAUCUGUGCGAGGUGUUAAUAACUGAAACAGAACCUGCAGCUGACGCUGGCGACGGCAGCGGUCCGUCCAGGGAGACAAGGGAUUCAAACAAGAAACCACAAAAUAAAAGAAAAAAUAAUGGCAGUUCAAAGCAUACGGAAUACGAAUCAAAGAAGAAAAAAGUACAGGAAAAACGGGCGGAACUCAAGCGUAAUAGGCUAGAAUUGAAUGUUAUAGGACUUACUAUUAGAAUACAAAAUACAUGUAAACAACUGCAGAAUCAAAUAGACAAAUUGGAAAAAAAAUUGGAGGAUUGCGCAGAAAACAAUAAUAACGAUUUAAAUAAAUUUAAAGAAACCAAAAAAAUGUUACUACAUGAAAAAAUGUUACUAAAAAAUGUUACUAAAUUGAACACAAUUAUACAACAACAAGCGAAGGGGGAGGAGGAGAGGGAAAAUGAACUCAAAGAAUUGGAAAGUGAAAUAUUAAAAAUCGAACAGGCAAUACAGGAGCAAGAAACAAAGUAUGAAAAGGAGAAAAAACAGAAGGCUGAGGAACUCGAUCAAUUGAAAAACCAAUUUAAAACAGAGACAGUUAAAAUUGAACAGGAAAAAACAAAGCAUAAUGAGGAGAUAAGUCAGAUAGAAACACAAAUACAAGAGCUAAAAAGAAAGUAUGAUGAAGAGAAAAUACAGAAGGCUGAGGAACUCGAUAAAUUGAAAAACGAAUUUAAAACAGAGAAAGUUAAAAUUGAACAGGAAAAAACAAAGCAUAAUGAGGAGAUUAGUCAGAUGGAAACACAAAUACAAGAGCUAAAAAGAGAGUAUGAUGAAGAGAAAAUACAGAAGGCUGAGGAACUCGAUCAAUUGAAAAACGAAUUUAAAACAGAGAAAGUUAAAAUCGAACAGGCAAAAAUAAAGCAUGACGAGGAGAUUAGUCAGAUGGAAACACAAAUACAGAGCAUCAGAGAAAAGAAAGCUCAGCUGGAAGACCAACAACAAACACUGCAAAACUCACUGGAUUAUGAAACGGAACAAUUUCAAAGACAAACUGAAGCUAUGCAGAAGAUCGAGGAGUUAAAACAAUCAUACGAAGCUGAUAUUGAUGAAAUGAAAAUACUACGAAAGAAAAAAAUAUAAUAGUCAAAGGUAACAUGAUGAGGGAAGAAGAAUUUUACAAAACCAUGCAACCAGACAAGGACGAGAUACGCAAAAUUGACUCCAAAUUUGAUGAGCUACAAACCAACACGGCCAAGAAGAGAGAACAAUACAAUACAAUGAUUGAAAGCCUGAAGCGUGGCUUGGAUGAAAAUAAAUGUGACAAAGAACUUGAGCAUGUUGUUACACAGGAUCCAGAAACUGUAGGUAUUGCACAAUUCGAGGAUAACGAGACGAACCAGCAACUGACGGCUCAAAACCAAACAAUCAAUCAAGUGAAUGCGCAAAAGACACAAAAUGAAGAACAACAUAUUAUGGAAGAACUCAGCCAGAGUACAGUGAGUAACACGCAACCACCAGCUCUUGGAUCUUUGACGUUCUCAGUUACAGCAGAGCUGCUGCACCCCACGCCAGGACCUAGCGGUAUCAACCCUGGCGAUGUGACAAGAGCGCAAGCGUCACCCCCGCAGCUACCAGUUGCCGAUGGACCCAGCCAACAAUAAGACGUCAGCUUUUGGCUGGCGUCGCUUUUGGUAGCUGUCAGUUUAUCAACAAACGCGUCAGCAAUCAGUAGCAACAGAGACUUUACUCCUAUUAAUUUGGACACUUUUAUACCCAUCUUAACACAUUCGAAACAACAUUCGCUCCCCCUUGGGCACGUGUGACGUUUGUAACACUUUCUCUGUUAGUUUACCAGCCCUUGGUCCCACCAAUAAUUGGGGGACCGCUCCUAAUUAUUUCUUACUUAUCAACGAUUUCUUCAUAAGUAUCACAUGCUUGGUGUUAACAUUAAAGUAAAUUGAUGUUUAAGUAUUUAACUAUAAGGCAGAAAUUAGAAAUAUAGCGGCGCGGGGGCGGCGGUAUACAGUCCGUAUGAAAGCGGUCCCCCAACGAGACGUAUUUUUUUUUAGAAUUAUUAGUACAUUCUUAGGUACUUUAAGAUUAAGUUUCUUUUAUUAUUUUUUACUUUUUAAAGGGAAAUUAAGUUUUUAUGUCGGGGGUUUUUUUAAUUUUUAAUUUAAUUUUUUAUUUUAUACUUUUUAUAGGUAGGUUAGGUUAAGUUAGGCUUAGUAUAUUACAUAUACUUACUAUAAUUUCGAUUCUUGUUAAAGUAAAGAUUACAUUCGAGGUCAAUCUCGUUCGCUUUUAUUUUAUUUUUUUUGACUUAUUAAUUACUAGUUUUUGUUUCUGUAUAAGUAGGCUAAAGAUUACAUUGGUGCAAGAUUUUUUGUUUAUAAUAAAACGUUAAAUUAAAAAUUUUAUAUUUUUGUUAUUAAAUUUUUGAUUAUUAUUUUUUUA